AAUUCGAGAGAUAUUUCGACAAUUCUCAGACCCGGGAGAAGAUGAGGACUUUGCUAAAGCGGAAAUACUUCUUAUGGAGUAUUUUGGACCACAGAAAAAUCGAUUAUAUGAAGCUUAUAAAUUUAGACAGGUAAAGCAAGACGAGUCCAAAACAGUUGACCAAUUCCUUUCAAGGUUGCACUCGUUAUCUAAGAGCUGUGAGUUUGCUGAUGUGGAUUUUGAAAUAAUUGUUCAAAUUUUUAUUGGUUACAGUCAUGUGCGAAAACAAUCAUUAAGAGAUCCUGAACAUACUCUGAAAGAUCUGUUACUUGAAGCAAGGCGCGAAAAAACAAGUAAAGUAGGAGCAGCGAACAUCGAAGAGCAUUUGGACAGCCACGCUUUACAUAAACUAAAAAACCUAUGAAGAAAAUUCCCAAGACCGAUAAACCACAGAAGAUAGGCUUUCACUGUGGAGGUAACUAUCUCCACCAAGACAAACCGUGGCCAGCGAAGAACAAAACAUGUGCCGGCCAAAUGUGGAAAGCUAAAUCACAUUGUAAAGCCAAUGUCGCAGCCGAAAUGCGCAGAAAACCAAAACACUCGCUAAACUACGCCAAGAUAUACGAUUGGUAAAGACUGAUGAGAAGAAGAUAGCAGCAGUGGCAAUAAAUCGGAAUACUGUUAUGCAGUUUGUAACAAUAACAAGCCAAAAUGUCCUGAAACGUAAAUAGCGCUCAAUUGACAAUAUGUCAAAAUGAAAAUUGACACUGGCUCAAGAAAAAAUAUAAUCGACAGGAAAACUUUCCGGAAAUUUCGAAUUACUGAGCUUUGAACCCACAUCCGUGAAAGCAUACCCAUUUAAUUCAAAAACAGUCAAGAUGGAAGGGAAGUUUCGUGUCCUGACGGAGUCAAAACACAAGUUCACAGUUGCUACUAUAUAUGUGACAUCAGACUAUGGCGACUGUUUUCUUAGCUCGGAAACAGGAAAAGGACGUGUAAGCAUAAACUUGAACAAGAUUAACAUGUCGCUAGAAAACUCAACACACUCACAACAAAGGAUGCAAAGCUCCAUCACAUCUUGGACAGACAUGCACCGGUCUUUGACGGACUUGGGAAGUUAAAUAAGCAAAUUAGACUAGGAAUGUAUGAAUCUGUGCUCCCGGUUGCACAACCACAACGACAAACACCGUUCCACCUGCGCCAGAAAGUUGAAAGUGAAAUACACAGACUAGAAAAAGAUGACAUGAAUGGAAAAAUACCUGAAGGCAUGCCCACUGACUAGGCCUCUCCUGUGGUUAGUGUUCCCAAGCUCGAUGUUAAGAUUCGAUUGUGUGUUGAUAUGCAGAUAGCAAAUACGGCUAUCAAACGAACCAGACAUCCCAUACCAACCGUGGAAUCUGUAUCCAUGGAGCUCAAUGGAACGUGCAUAUUUUCAAAAAAGAUCAAGCAACUCCUUUAUGCCAGCUACGCCACGUAAUGGAUACCAGAUGAUCAACAUGAGUUUGUUGUUGUGCGCGUGCUUCUACCUCGUGUUUUGCCACAGUAUGAAGAAAAAGCAGAGUAAAAGCAUCAAGUGGUAACGAUCUUGCAUACGAAGCUGAAACAGACGUAAUGAAUUCAUCAACCACCAUGGCAAAUAAGCUUCGAAACAUUGUCGUUAGGAAUUUGAUGCUGAUACUGAUAAUAGUGGGAGUUAUAAGUGGUUUCAUCCUUGGCCUUUCCUUAAAUAGUCAUGUUCAAAGCUCUGCCUAUACUGUCGAAGAAAGAAAAAAAAUAGUCCUCUUGACAGGAUUUUUUGGCGACAUAUUUGUACGACUUCUAAAGCUUCUUAUUAUUCCAUUGAUCAUCACCAGCAUUGUUCUUGCUGUCGCUUCGCAGGACACCGCAACUACAGGAAAACUUGGUCGGCGUACAAUUACAUAUUAUUUAAGCACUACAUUUAUCGCAGCUAUCAUUGGUGUCAUGCUUGUGUUAAGUAUUCGUCCCGGAGAUACCGCUGUGCAACAUAAGAAGUCACAAAUGAAACACGUGGAUGCAUUGGACUCGAUAUUGGAUAUGAUAAGAAAUGUUUUUCCUGAUAACUUGGUGGAGACCACAUUUCGUACGACCCAAACUGCUUACAAAGAUGACGUCACGUCUAUAUAUAAUACAACGAUUCCAGAUCGAAAUAUCCGAGGGAACCUGGAAAAUCUUACGAAGUUUUUGGAGAACAACGUGUAUGAUCCUUGGAGUGUUAAUGAUAAGUCACCAGAUGUUCGUGUGAUUAAGAAAAAUUCUAAAAAAGUUUGGGCGAAGAUCGAAAAGACAGAUCAAAUGAACGUUUUGGGAAUGAUCACGUGUUCAAUUGUAUUUGGUAUUGCUUUGAGUAAACUUGGACCCGAAGGUCAACCCGUCAAAGAAUUACUUGAAAUCUGCCUCAAAAUUGUUUUCAUGUUGAUUAACGCCGUUAUGUGGACAUCUCCAUUUGGCAUAUGCAGUCUGAUUGCUAGCAAGCUUGUUGAGAUGGGGGACAUUGGGAAGACCUUCCAAUCGCUGGUAUACUACAUUACGACAAUUAUCGCUGGCGUUGCUAUCCAGUCGCUGAUCGUUUAUCCGACGAUAUAUUUUAUAUGCGUUCGGAAAAACCCUUUUCGAUAUCUCUUCAACAUGCAGGCAGCUGUUUACACUGCGUUAGGAACAAGUUCCAGCGCUGCAACUCUGCCUGCAACUUUGAAGUGUGUGAAAGAAAUGAACAAAGUUGACGCAAGAGUUGCUCAUUUUGUCUUACCGAUUGGAGCAACAGUGAAUAUGGACGGUGCUGCUGUGUACGAAGCAGUGGCUUGCAUAUACAUCGCACAACUGAACGGCUACAACUUUGGUAUUGGAAAGAUUUUGAUUACAUUAUUUACCUCUGCCACAGUAUCCAUAGGAGCUUCUGCAAUCCCUUCUGCUGGAUUAGUUGUAUUGAUCAUGGUACUAGAAGCUGUUGGCUUGCCUACCAGUGAUGUGGGAUUACUAUAUACAGUUGACUGGUUUAUAGAUAGAUUUGUUACCGCUUGUAACAUCACUGGAGACGCAAUUGGUUGUGCUGUGAUCGAAAAGUUAUCACACAAAGAAUUAGAUGAGAAUGUUCCAUUGUUGGCUUGAGGCAUUCUAAUAGCUGAAGAAAUUUAUGGAUGGUUUGCUUGAUGGAAUCCGCCUAUAUAACAUAAACGGCUACCAAUUCACCUUUGUUUGUUCUUUUUGCAUGUUAUGGUACACAGUAUAGAAACAAACAGGAGUCCCACUCUAUAGAAAUUUUUUGUGUAGCGCAUAUCUAAUUACGCAUGUCAUUAGAAUAGUGGCAGCCAGUCAAUUGCUUUUUUCGGCCAAUAGGAGGGCAGAGAUGGCUAGCCGCAGCCAGUAAUCUAAUUAAAUAUACAGCAGAAAGUUGCACAUUGGAGUGAGACUGCUGCAUGUAUCUAUACUGUGUUUUGGUAUAGCAAUCGAUAGUCAGAACUUCAUUUAAAACAAUAUUUAGUUUGUUUGCAUGUAAUGAUGUCAUAAUAACAACGUUGGUUUCAAACUUUUAAAGAGCGCAAUGGUGCAUAUUUAUAGGUUAAAUAUGAUUUUUUAAAUUGUCAAAGGACAAUUAAGCAGUUGCAUAACUAAUUUACAAUGGUUAGUAUUUCUUGUAUUCAUAAUUUAUGAAGUCUUAUUCCUCUUUACUCUUUUAUGUCAGUGUUUGGGUUGCUAUUUCAAUAAACAAGACUAUUUGAUUGAGCAAUA